CUUCCCUCUAUUUUUGAAUUAGGGAUUGUGAUUUAUUUAUUUCUUAUGCGAUUGUGGUUUUUCUUUGCAGCAAAGGAUUGAAGAGAUUUCAUACUGAGUUUGUAGAGAGCGAGGUUGUGAAUCACCUCGGAUGAAAGAAGCCAUCGACCAUCAAAACUCGUUCCUCGUGCUUCAACCCGAGACCAUGGAGACGCUCCAGCGACAACACAAUCAGACUUUAAUUGGAUUAUGAAGAGAGAUGGAGGAGAUUGUUGGAGAAGAUGGAGAACUAAAGCCGGAGGAAGAAAAAUGAAAUACUUGAAGCAGGGGAUGGGCAGAGUUUGCUCAAUCACUUUAAGCGCAAAUAAGGAAGAGAAAGAUCCUGCUGCACAAAGAAAGAGAGAGAGAAAAAUCCGGCUGCACAGAGAAAGAGAAAGAUCGCAGCUUCAAGCCUUCAACAAUGACUACGAGUCGACGAUAGUCCUGACCUUCGACGAAGAUCCGGCUAUCGCCGACGUCCGAUACGCCUUCGAGCAAGCCUGGGCCGACGCCAGCGCUGAGAGAAAUUUGAACCAGUUGGAAACAUUAUCUAAGAAGCUCAAGGCGAAAACUCUUCGAAAUGAGGCUCCUCAACAAUCCAUUGCUGCCACGAGGCUUCUUGCUCAUGAGGGAUUAAACGCAGAGCAGCUUGCCCGGGACCUUAAGUCUUUUGAAUUGAAGGUAAUCAUACUUACAUUGCAGGUGUUCAGAUUUCUGGUUUUUCGAUUUGUCAAGGGGAGUUUCAAACUGGAUUGGGGUUUGCAGAGGCCUCAAGGUUUCAUCGAUCGUUCUUCAGCUUGAACCAGAGCUAUGAAUGAAUAAAUCAAAGUUCAAACGUGAAUAAGAAGAUCUCAGUAAAUUCUACACCUUGAAAAUUGAUGGCAACCUCAUCAGAUUCAAGUCAUACAGUCAGUUCUCAUUAUGAUGGUGAUAAUGAUGAAAUGGUUGUUGUUGGGAAUGAUGUGUCUCAGAAAGGUGAGGACAAGGAAUCAGCCAGGGAAAUAGAAGCUGCAUUACAAACAGAAAAUGAAGCACCAACUCAAGCAUCCCGAGGUUCGCCGAAAAACUUGAAAAAGAGAAGAAGAGAAAGUAAAACAAAGAGGGCUGCCCCGAGGUCAAAUGUGUGGAAUCAUUACGAGAAGUAUGACAGAACACUCUACAUUGAAAAACAUGGGAAGAAAGAAGAAUGUGGAUUUGAGAAAGGGCCAAAUGCAAGUAUUUCUCCACUGAUCUCGCAACUGGUUCUUCAUUUAAUGGUACAAGUACUUUGCGUAGACAUGUCGAGAAGGUGUGAAAAAAGUAUCCUGGGAGGGAGAAUUUAGAAGACACACAGCAAGUAUUGAUUAGUGAUGGUGGAGUUGAAGCUAGCUUGAAGGUGAAUAAAGGGUGGUCACAGGAAGCUUGUGUCAAAGCUGCGACUGAAAUGAUAGUUAUUGAUGAACUACCAUUUAGCCACAUUGAGAAUGAAGGGUUUAGGUGGUUUUGCAAAGUAGCAAUUCCUCGAUUUGAGGUGCCUUCUAGGAGAAAAAUAGUGAGGUGUUUCUUGGAGAUGUAUGAGGAGAAGAAAGAGGAACUUCAGAUGGUUUUAAGGGACCAUAGAGUGUGCUUAACUACAGAUACUUGGACAUCUGUAUAGAACAUCAAUUAUAUGGUGUUGACAGCGCAUUUCAUAGAUUGUAGUUGGAAUUUGCACAAGAGAAUCUUGAACUUUGGUGUAAUUCCCAAUCACAAAGGCAACACAAUUGGGAAGCUGUUAGAAACAUGUUUGCUCCAAUGGAGGAUACACAAGGUGUUGACAGUGUCUGUUGAUAAUGCUAGUGCAAAGAAGGUGGCAAUCGAGUAUCUACAAAAGAAAAUGGCUGGAUGGAAGAACCCCCCAGUGCUUGGUGGCAAGUUCAUGCAUGUGAGGUGUUUGGCUCACAUCUUGAACAUUAUAGUUAGGGCUGGUUUGACAAUUAUGGAUAGAAGCUGUGCUGCAAUCCAAAAUGCCGUGAAAUAUAUUAGAAGUAGUUCUAAUAGAUUGGACUGCUUCAAAGAGUGUGUUCAAAAGGAGACGCAGGAAGGCCAUAUAGUUUCUCAAAGAAUUCCAGCUUUGGAUGUUCCAACGCGAUGGAAUUCCACAUUUUUGAUGCUUAACAUAGCUUUGGAGGUGAAGCCAGCUUUUGCUCGGAUGGCUGAUGAAGAAGACAAUAAGUACAAAGACUAUUUUGAUGAAGAUGAAGAGGUUGAAGAGGAACAUGAGGGUGAAAUAAAAGUUCAAAAAAAAUCAGUUCAACCAAGAAAAAGAGUCGGGCCACCAGAUGCUGCAGAUUGGGAAAAAGCUGAGGGUUUUCUACGAUGUGACAAUGAUAAUUAGUGCAACCAAACACCCCAUUGCUCAUAAAGCUUUUCACAACAUUAUAGCGAUCGAGGCUGAGAUUAAUGCACUCUUUGUGCCUCCGAAUGAGAGUUUUGGAAGUGAAACUGAAAAGCUAAUGAUGGAGAUGGCAGUGAAGAUGAGAGCAAAGUUUAGGAAGUAUUUUGGAACGGUUGAUGAUAUGAACCAACUGCUAUUAGUAGCCCUUGUCUUGGAUCCUAGGUUCAAGUUGAAAAACAUUAGUCACAUAUGUCUAACUCACCUCUAGUUUGAUGCUACCGAAGCAAAGGCCAAGGCCAAUGAUGUGAAGGAGCUGUUAGUAUGCUUAACUGAUCUCUAUAGAUCAUCAACCAAUGCCUCUUCAAAGAGUAAAAGUUCUAGGAGAAGCACUGGUACAAGCUGCAUCGUUUCUAGCAGCACAAAAGCAACAGCCACAUCUUCCAAGUCCAAGUCCAAGGCCAAGGAGAAGAGCAAGAAAAUGUCCGGAAAAAUGGUAGAGAUCUUAGCAGGUUGGCAAAGAGCCCUAGCUGAAUCAGACGAAGUGGUUGUUGAGAGUGAAGUUGAUAGGUAUCUAUUAGAUCCAAUGGAGAAUCCCAAAGAUGAAGAUUGGCAGUUGCUUCAAUGGUGGAAGAUAAACGGCUGCAAAUAUCCAAACCUUGCUCUUGUUGCAAGGGAUGUACUUGCAAUCCAAGUUAGUACAGUUGCAUCCGAGUCCUCAUUCAGCACAGGUGGGAGCAUUGAUUUGCUUGCAAAACUGGAUCAAAAAACGAGAUCAAUCUGACAUGGAGUAUUAUCCAAGCCUAGAAGAGUUUGAGUUUUAUGAAAAAAUGGAGAGAGAUGUAGCAAAAGGAAAAGCAGUAGCUGCUGAAAGUGAUGAAGAAGAACCAACUGCCAAAGCUGGAACCUCAAGCUCAAAGUCUCCAAAAGAGCUGCAGCUGCAACUCCUUUAACAAGUGCCGCUGCUGGGACCUCAAAAUCUGCAAAACCACCAAAACAAGGGCUGCUGCCACCAACAAAAGCUAAAGGGAAAAAAAUUUGAAGAUGGAGGACUGGAGGAGCAGCUGCAUGGCAGCAAUAGCAUGGAACUUAUGGAAGUUUGGUUGUUCACUUGUUGUCUUGUUGAACGUUGUUUUGGUUUUUAAUUUGUUAUGUUGUUAAGACAAUAUGUGUUGGUGAACUUGCUGUGUAAUUGUGUUGAUUGAAAUCAUUGAAUGGUUAUUUGCA